AUGUUGUCGGCUCCCGUUAAAUCGGCGAAGCGCAUCUCCUCCCUUUUCUCGCUGGGCUCGCACAAGGACCAGAAUGCGCCCGCGUCACCGUUGACGACUGGUCUGAACGCCUCCUCAGCCGACCUCUCACAGGACCGACGACGACGAAGCAGCUCGCGCCCGACUCGCCAUGUGUCCACCCCCAAUGCCGUCCUGGCCGAGCCCCGAACCGUCCCGCCCACGACGUUGGAGCCAUUCGACCUCGAGAGCCUGCCACCCCCGCCAUCGUUGUUGAGUGUGAACCAUGACCUCGCCAGCAGCGCCCCUAGCUCGCCCACGGAUGCUCGCCCACGUAGCAGAGGCCGUGAUAUGAGUCGGCCGUCCAGUUCGGCCGGGUUGGCGAUCCCAGGCGCUACCCCCGAUUCCCGUCCGAGCACGCCAUCGAAACGUCGCAGUUGGAUGCCCGGCAUGGUUGGUCGCUCACGAGCCAACUCGAUCGAUAAACGAACCCCAACCACUCCGGUGGUCCCCACGGCCUGGAUUGCAGGACUGGAUCAGAAAGUUGUGUACGACGUGGGACCACUGUCCCGGGGUGAACAGAUCCCCGAGUUAUGGAACGAACAAGGCGACACAUUCGUUUAUCUGUUCCCCCAGAACACUGGUCGAUCGCCCUCCUUCAAAGUGGAUUCUACCAUCUUCGCUGAAUCACCUUCUCUCACUUAUCUGGCCCGUGGCGCAGAUGUCAAAACCAACGGCCUGGAACAGCCCACCCGCACGCUUUCACUACAGAACCCAAUCUCUCCACCGCUGACUCCGCAAGAUCGGCUCGAUGACGACGAUAAUGACAGCUCCGGCAGCCAGCGCCUGGCCUUCGUGGACGAUGGACAGGACGAUAUGCAAGAAUUGCAUCUCUACUUGCCCAUUCCCCUGAACAGCGAUGUAUCCAACCCCCAAUGUCGGCUCUCCCAAGAGGAUCUCGAGACUCUGCUGCUCUUCCGCAACUUGUUCGCCUUUCUGCUGGGCCAGUCCCUCAUCGCCUCGCCCAAGUCGUCCUCGCUAUUUAGUAUCUUCAUGGACGUUGCCGUUCUGCUGGCCCGAUUUGAAUUCUCGAAUCUGGAUGGAUCCAACUUCGGUGAAACCGCCACUUCCAGCUUCAGCAACUAUUGUGACGAGCUUCGUUUGGGAGAUGUGCGCAAGAGUCGUGAAAAGACCAUCGAGGCAGUUGUGCUAGGCGAACGUCUGCGGUAUUUCCCGCUCUACGUGGAAGGAUUCGUGCAUGGCGUGGGCAAGUUGGACGAGAUCAAGCAGCUACGGAGUCACAAGUAUGGUUUUAUACACCCCAUCACUCAGAAGCGCCUGGAGCGUGGAUUUAUCGAUCUUGAUACCCGUCUCCGUGGCUUGUAUGGCAAACUUCAAGAGUUCGACUUCCCAUCCGUCUUCUCAGGCUUUGCCAAUUCAACCACCUCGGCCGAAAGCAAGGUCAUCCGUUUCAAGAACUGGAAGAUCAACUUUCAAGAUUUCCGUCGCUUCACCAUGCAGUUCUACCGAAACAAAUACGGUGCCUGGCCACCAAAGGCGCGCUCCAAGAAGAACGACUUUGAGGAAAGUGGUCUGAACCGCCUUCUCCUUCGGGAUUUAUACCGGGACUUCACCGACUUGUAUGAUCUGCUGGUAGAUCGGUCCUCCCUGACCACUCGCACCAUUGAUUCGUCGGGAUCCGGCGGCGAUCCUUCCAAUACCGACCACAAGGACAUCACCAAGCGGGCGCUCCGCCAGAUUCUCAGCGAGUACGAUCGGAGUACCCCGCCAGUGCUUCCUCCGAUUCCUUUCGAUAUCCCUCAACUGCCAUCCGUCGAGCUUCUGCAUCGCAAGCCGCUGGAUGCGAAGAAGGAAGCCAAGCAGCGUGGUAAGAAGCUGAAGAACUCUGACAUCAACGCGGUCCUCAUGGAGUCCUACACUCGCGAGAGCAUGCGGCCUACCGCUUUCAUCGAAGCCUUCAUGCAGUUUGAGCGACGAUGCGCCAAUGGUAAGAGUGUCGAUGAUCUUAUUGACCUCCGUUGCGGCCAAUGGAUCUUCCUCUAUGCAGUGAUCCAGUCCCUCCCCAUGCUGGUAGUCGACGUUCCUGAGGUUCGGUUUUCCGAAGGUGUGGAAUACUUCCUCUGCAUUGCUCCUCGUGGGGGUGCUCCCUGGAUCCACAACGACACCAAGACUGCUCGCAGCUGGUUUGGUGUUGCUGGUGGUGCUGGUGUCGUCAGUUUGCCGUCGGACGUGGUCAUCAACGGUGUCGAAGGUGUUUAUCGUCGAAGCCACUGCUGGCAGGUGGCCGAGCAGUGGGCUGAAGCCGGUGCCCUUAUUGAACCGCCAGUGGGCAUGGUGGAGGAUGCCUAUGAAGAGAACGAGUCAUCGAUUUCGUCUCCUUACCAAGGUCAACAGUCCUCUGCAGGCUCUUCGUCUGAGCCACAACCCAACCACAUGUCGAUUCACGGUGGUCUGACCCCGCCUCCUCCCGCGAUUCCUCGUAAUCGCUCUCCAAACGCUGCCCAGCGAGCUGAUCACCGCCACUCCAUCUAUCCUGGUCUUGAGGCAUUGCCUCUUCCUGCAGGCAUUGCCCCCAUUGAGCCUCCCAGUCGCCCCAUCAGCCGGUUCAACCCGAACAUGAGUUUUGACGAUAUUCUGAGGGAAGUUCCCAACAAGGACAAGAAGAAACGUUGA